ACUCGGAAUUAUCUGCCUUCCGACUGGGAAAAUCGAUUUGAACGGUCAUCCAACUCGGAAUUACAAAUCUCUAGAACCCCGAUUUUCCGAAGAUAAAAUAUUUGACCACGUAUUUUUCCGAGUUCCCAGUUCUUUUGAACCCGGCAUGAGUCUUGAACCCGGUCCAAACGCUCACAUCCUUCCACGUAACGGUGUUUGCGAAAGUAGUAGCCAGCCAGGAUCCAGCCCAAAACAACAUCAGAACUCGAGGCAUCUCACAGGUACAACAGGCAGAAGAAUUGAGUGACCCACCUUCGUUCACAUGGACUGGAUUUUCUCUGAAUUUAAACUUUGCACCAGUGAAAAAUCAACAAAAUAAUUAAAAAUAGGCCUAAUGCUUUUUAUUUUUACAUUAGUGACAAUGAUUAUGAAACUUCCUCAGAAUGUUGUGUCAUCAUGGGAUGAGUGAUCAGGGGUACUGGUGCUCUCUACCCAGUUAUUCCUUCUGUGGCUGCUGCAGAGGAGAACUAGAUGUCGUAAACCAAGACUGAAGCCUACCACAUUUUGGGGGAUUUGACGCUGAACAUCUACAACUGAGAAACCAUGGGAGUCUGUCCUGCUGUGUCUAUGUUUUUCCGCAAGUGCAAGUAUAUGAUACUGUUGCUGCUCUCCGUUUCCAUCUUGGCUUGGUACGCCACUUUUUCUGGUGAAACAGUGAAAGCAAUUCAGGGAACCCUUUUGCCAGUGCAAACACUUGCUGAUAAUACUGAGGUCCUGAGUGGAGGAGAAGGAAACUCGUGGAGAUCAGUGACACAGGUCUUCUCCAAUCCUCUCCCUGACACCUCACCACCAAAACAAAGCUGUCCUGAGAAAUCGCCACUGCUCCAGGGAGCCCUAAACCUCACAUUUGAGGACUCUCUAACGCUUAAGGAGGUGGAGAGUGAGAACAGUGGAGUGGCUGAGGGCCAAUACCAGCCUCCAGACUGCCUCGCCCAGCAGAGUGUGGCUAUCCUCAUUCCCCAUCGUAACCGGGAGAAACACCUCCUCUACCUCCUGCAUCACCUGCACCCCUUCCUUCAGAGGCAGCAGCUGCACUACAGCAUCUACGUCAUUCACCAGGCUGGAGAGGUGACGUUUAACCGUGCCAAGCUACUUAAUGUUGGGUACUUGGAGGCACUCAAGGACUACGAUUGGGAUUGCUUCAUUUUUCAUGAUGUGGAUCUGGUUCCAGAGAACGACUACAACCUAUACAAGUGUGACCAACAGCCCAAACACUUAGUGGUCGGCAGGAACGCCACAGGGUACAAAUUGCGAUACAAAGGGUACUUUGGAGGGGUGACGGCCAUGACGAAGGACCAGUUUCACAAAGUGAAUGGCUUUUCAAACACUUACUGGGGAUGGGGUGGGGAGGAUGAUGACCUUCGCAUCAGGGUGGAGCUCCAGAAAAUGGAAAUUAUACGACCCCCCCCCCUCAUAGCACGCUAUACCAUGGUAUUUCAUAAAAGAGAUAGCGGCAAUGAAAUCAAUAAAGACAGGAUGCGUUUGCUAGCACGGACACCUAAAGUCUGGAGAAAGGAUGGCCUUAACACCUGCUCCUACAGUACUCUAUCAGUUGAGAGGCCACCUCUGUACAUUAAUGUCACCGUUGACAUUGGCGAACCAAUGCACUGAGGCUUCAGAGCACCUCUCUUUGUUUACUGCAGUGUGUACAGGAUUAUUGAUCUGGCAUGUCCAUGCCUACAUGUUACUUACCAGAGGGUCGCAAACAGAAGGUUAGUGGCAGUAGCUGUUGACCAUAAAUCAUGUGAUCUACUCAGUUUUCACUGUAAACCAUUCCAAGCAGGGCAUGUAAAAUUGCUAGGUCCUCAUAAUGUAAGUCUGGUAGCCCUAUACAGUCAAAUCUGGUGACCAGGUUCUAGGGGUGAGAGUAAGACCAAAAUAUAUAUUUUUCUCUACAACAGAGCAUUAUUUGAUUUAUCCUAGACUUAAAGGGGCAAUCUGCAAUUGCUAAAUCAAUUUUUGGACUUAGAACCCAACAUGUAUAAGCAUAUUUUACACCAAUGUUUGUAAACAUUGUACAUGUAAAUAAACACUGUAUAUGAUA